AUGUACUUAAUUGUUGUUCAUCUGUGGGCUCAGAUCGAGGUCAUUCCCUGUAAAAUCUGCGGGGACAAGUCCUCGGGGAUCCACUAUGGGGUCAUCACCUGUGAAGGCUGCAAGGGGUUCUUCCGUCGCAGCCAGCAAAACAAUGCCAUGUACUCUUGCUCCCGCCAGAGGAACUGUUUGAUCGACCGGACGAACCGCAAUCGUUGCCAGCACUGCCGUCUGCAGAAAUGUCUGGCUUUGGGCAUGAGCCGAGAUGCGGUGAAGUUUGGCCGUAUGUCCAAAAAGCAGCGUGACAGCCUGUACGCUGAGGUGCAGAAACAUCAAAAAUCCCAAGAGUGCGUGGGCUCAGGAGAUGGGGGCUCUACUGCUUUGUCCUUACCCAGAGAGGACGGUGUAUGUGGCAGUAGCAGGGAGGAUGGUGAGGAAGGUUUAAGCCGUUCCUAUAGCACCGGGGGAUCCAGCUCUACCCUCAGCGACCUCGAUGACAUUGCUGCACUCCCAGACCUUUUUGACCUCCCACUGACCCCAGAAGAGGCCAGCGAGUACUGCAGCCUAGAGCUACUGGGCGGGAGUGGAGGGACCAGCACUGGAAACACCUCCAACUCAUCAUCGGCUUCUCCCUCUUCCUCAUCCCUGUCCAAUCAGAAUUCUCCGCAGACAAUGUUGGAUGGGUCAGACAGCAAUGGCAUCCAGCUCCUGCACACACAUUCUCACUCACAUUCACUGCUUGGAGACACGCAUUCACUGCUGGACCAGUUGCCUGAUGACUGCUCAAUAACAGAACUUGAGCGAAUCACUCAGUGUAUUUUGAAGUCUCACUUGGAGACGUGUCAAUACAGUGCUGAGGACAUGAAGAGAUUUACAUGGGUACAAUACACACCUGAGGAAACGCGUGCUUUUCAGAACAAGUCAGCUGAGUGGAUGUGGCAGCAAUGUGCACAUCACAUUACCAACGCCAUCCAAUAUGUUGUGGAGUUUGCCAAACGUAUUGCCGGCUUCAUGGACCUUUGCCAGAAUGACCAGAUUAUUUUGCUGAAAGCAGGAUGCUUGGAGGUUCUGCUGAUUCGGAUGUGCCGGGCUUUUAACGUCAACAACAGUACCAUUUUCUUCAAUGGAAAAUUUGCCUCGCCUCAGUUCUUCAAAGCACUUGGUUGUGAUGACCUGGUGAGUGCAGUAUUUGAACUGGGAAAAGGAUUCUGCCGCCUCCAACUGUCUGAUGAAGAACUGGCCCUGUUUAGUGCGGCUGUUCUUCUCUCCCCUGAUCGGCCAUGGCUUAUGGAUGGCCAAAAGGUUCAGAAGCUUCAAGAGAAAGUUUUCCUGGCUCUGCACCACAGUCUUCACAAGAAUGCUUCUGAGGAGAAGCUGGACAAGAUGCUGUCCAAACUACCUAUCAUGAAAUCUAUUUGUAACCUCCACAUUGAUAAACUGGAGUUUUUCCGUCUGCUCCACCCAGAGACCGCAUAUAGUUUCCCUCCGCUGUACCGGGAGGUGUUUGGAACUGACAUGACCCUCCCCGACUCCACCAACUGCUAG